CCAGUAUAUCCUGAAUGCUUCCCGGUGUGAAUAGUUCGGUUGAAUGUGUCUGUUUCGCCGCUAACCAAAGCAAACACGCCGACGACGAUUUCCUGCGUGUAAAUAAAUAAAUGAUAGAGGAUACAAUGACCCUGCUGUCUCUGUUAGGUCGGAUCAUGCGUUAUUUUCUGCUCAGACCGGAGACCCUGUUCCUGCUGUGCAUCAGCCUGGCUCUGUGGAGUUAUUUCUUCCACACGGACGAAGUGAAGACCAUCGUCAAGUCCAGCCGGGAUGCGGUCAAGAUGGUCAAGGGGAAAGUGGCGGAGAUGAUGCAGAACGAGCGCUUCGGCGGGCUGGACGUCCUGGACGCAGAGUUCUCUAAGACCUGGGAGUUCAAGAGUAACAACGUGGCCGUGUACUCCAUCCAAGGCCGUCGAGAUCACAUGGAGGACCGCUUCGAGGUGCUCACUGACAUCGUCAACAAGAGCCACCCGUCAAUUUUUGGGAUUUUUGAUGGCCACGGAGGGGAGGCUGCUGCUGAGUUUGCUAAGACCCACCUGCCAGAGGCUCUGCGCCAGCAGCUACUGACCUAUGAACGGGAGAAAGAGCGAGACAGGGAAAAAGACAAGGAGAAAGAUGAAAAAAAGGAGAAACUAAGCCUCUCCUAUCCCUCCAUCCUAGAGCAGCAGAUACUGACAGUGGACAAAGAAAUGCUGGACAAGCUCUCUGCCGCUUACAAUGAAGCAGGAACUACAUGUCUGUUGGCCCUGCUGUCUGAUAAAGAGUUGACAGUGGCUAAUGUUGGAGAUUCACGGGGAGUUCUUUGCGAUAAAGACGGCAAUGCCAUUCCUCUAUCACACGACCACAAACCUUACCAGCUCAAGGAGCGCAAGAGGAUCAAGAAGGCCGGUGGUUUCAUCAGUUUCAAUGGCUCGUGGCGUGUCCAGGGCAUCUUGGCCAUGUCCCGCUCUCUGGGUGAUUACCCUCUGAAAAAUCUCAACGUGGUCAUUCCCGAUCCCGACAUCAUGUCCUUCGACCUGAACAAGCUGCAGCCCGAGUUCAUGAUCCUGGCAUCAGACGGCCUGUGGGACACCUUCAGCAAUGAGGAGGCGGUUCGCUUCAUCAGGGAACGGCUGGACGAGCCGCACUUCGGCGCCAAGAGCAUCGUCCUCCAGUCCUUCUACCGUGGUUGCCCUGACAACAUCACCGUCAUGGUGGUCAAGUUUAAAGGCAAGGCCAGCGAAAAGUAGACCGUACAUCUUCUGCGCACAGUAUCUAUUUUGUGUCUGAAUAUAAAUAAGAAUAUACUUAAGACAAAAUAAGCGCUUUUUGAGCGGGAACUAUUUCUAUCACACAUAUUUGCAGCAGUUUGUCCUUCAGUGCAUCAAACCUCCUUUACUUUUACCGCUAUAAAAAUGACACAAUAAAAAUGUCUUUCAUUUAGUCUUAGCCACAUCUUUGAGGCAUCAUAAAGUGAGCUGGAUCACUGUUAUGCAAAUAAUCAGAUUAAGAUUUGUGCAGCUGUGGGUGUGUCCGUGACCCUGCAGACAUUUGUUUGUUUGUUUGUGCGUGCGUGCGUGCGUGCGUGCGUGCAUGUGUGUUUGAAAGAGUGUGUGACACAGUCAUAGAUGAAUCUAAACUUGCUCACAAGUCUGACAUUAACAGCUGAUUCAUUGUCUAUCCAGUAAUGUCCCUUUUAAAUGAUAGCAUGAUGUUUACAGUAACUUCCAGUCUAUAUGUCUUUCCUUCACUGUCUGUGUGACCACUGAUUUCUGCUUUUAAUUUUCUGACUUCCACCUUGUCUGAUUUUUAUUGAUAAAUAAAUCUGUUGUUCAGCACAGUGGCAGGUUAAGUGUGAAUUACCAAUAUGAAUUUUAUACAUGACCAACACAGAUGAUAACACGUUACUGCUCAUACUGUACAGCAAUAGAACUGACUACAUUGUUAUAUCACACUUGCUGAAUGUGAGAAAUCUUCACAUUUUGGCUUGAGUUUCCCCGUUUUCUAAGUUUGAACGUUGAGCGUCUUUAAUUAAAAUGAUUGCUAACAGUUUCUGUUCCAACGCUCAAGUUCAAUCUGCUUGCCUGCUUUUUUUUUCUGACUCAACCCAUCAGGAUCUGUGUAACUACUAAUAAUGUAAUAACUGUUGGAUAAUAUUGUAGCUUGUCAAAAUGUAUUUAAAUGUGUGGAGUAACAACAAAGUAAAAUCUCAUUAUGACUAACUGCUAAGUUGUAAUUCAAAAAGUUCAUGCGUUAUCUCGUAUAAUAACUCUGACUGUUUAUCUAGACUGGUAUGAAGAAGGUAAAGGGUUAUAACAUAAUAAUUAAAAUAAUAAUAGAUGGCAGUUUUAUUAUGUAGGAUUUUAUAUUACAUCCUUUAAAAUAGGUGUUGACAUCCUAUUCCUUUAUCUGACUUUUGUUACAUCAUCAUUUUUACACUACCUGAUAUACUUAAACUGACAGCUUACUGUUAUAUUGUCAUCACAUUAGGCAAAAGUCAUAGAUCUAAAUCACAUACCAUUUUAUUUACUCUGAACUUAAUCUAACAAGCCUUUGAAUGAGAUCAGUUAUUGUUGCCUUAUUUUCUAACUGUUCGUUUCCUGUUAUGGAGUCCGCUGCCAAAACUACUUCUCAGUUUUCAAUGUAAUGCAGUCGAUCGCACCACGCACAAUGCACGACUUCAGCAUCAUCCCUCAUUAAAUCAAAUGUAGAAUAGCAUUGAUGAAAAAAUGUCUCCAAGAGACAUGCGAAAUGUAAGAUGAAUGUACAUAAUAUCCUCAUGUUAGCAUUACUCCUCCACUGUUUAAUACCGCAGGGCGCCUGUUCCUGAGUUGUUUAACUUCAGAGAUAUAUACCCAAUUAAACUGUUUGUGCUUUUUUCAGUUCACAUUUUUCCUCUAACGUAUGUCACAGGAUGUUUGUGCAGCAUUUGUACUUGUUUUUGUUGAAUUUAAUAAACUGUAAAAAAAAAAAAAAGAGAGAGAGAGAGAGAAUUCAGAAAUUUUAAGAUGUAAAUCACAAAGGUAAGAUUAAAAUCAUAAAAGAUUUCAUCAA